AUGAGCAAAGAACAUCGCUACACCGGAAGAACUACUACUGAGUUAAUCAAACGGACAGGCGAACAGCCUCCAAAGCAUGCCAACGGAAAGAAAUUGUGCCUCAUUUGGCACACAAAGGGUGAAUGCAAGGAGCACUGUGAACGCAAGCAUUCUCAUUAUGAUGCUGCACCAGACAUUGAUAAGCUUCCGCACCCUGCCGCACCAAUGCUACACCGAGUAAUGAAAAAUGGGGCUCCUGUGGUGGUUCAUUCGGAGCCAUGGAGCCAGAGCCAACUUGACAUGCGAGUCGCUCGGGGCUGUCACUCAUCAGCAAACGAAUUCAAAGAAUUUCUGAUGGAGGAGUUUUUGGAUUUUGGAAGGAAGGGAUUUUGGAUCCUACUUCCAUAUGACGCCAUCAAGGACGAGAAAGGACUUUGCCUUUCUCCAAUUGGCUGCGUACCACAAGAUAACAGAAGACCGCGGAUGAUUGUUGAUUAUUCGUUCUGGGGACUCAAUGACGAGACAAUGAAACUUGCCCCAGAGGGAGCUAUGCAAUUCGGCACGGCCCCACUACGCAUCCGCGAGGCACUCAUGAAGGCAAACCCGGACUAUGGGCCAGUAUACAUGUACAAGAACAACAUGUCGGAUGGUUUCUACCGCAUCCGGCUGUCAACUACUGGCGCACUAAAGCUUGGGGUCAUCUUACCGCGUUUUGAGGGACUUCCACAAUUGGUUGCACUGCCCCUGGUACUUCCAAUGGGUUGGACAGAGAGUCCAUCAUGGUUCUGUGCUUUCACGGAAACUGUUGCCAACCUGACAAAUGUUGACUUGCAACAAAACAAGCGAGUGCCACCACAUCCUUUGGGAAGGGCAGCAGCCAUCACUGACUUUAAAGUGAGGGACACACAAGUUGUGAGAGCUACACCAAAAUCUCACCAGCCACUGACUUACCAGCACCCAUUGAAAAAAAUGGAAGUCUUUGUGGACGAUUUUGUUGGAAUGGGCCAAGACCAUCCAAGCAAUCCUUUGACAAAUCAACGAGCCGUCCUCAGCCACAACAUUGACAAGGUCUUCCAACCAAAUCGACCCACGGACAACCAGUGGAGAAAAGAGCCUCAGUCACAAUCAAAAAUGGCUAAGGGAGAUGCCUCUUGGCACACAGUCAAAGAAGCCUUGGGUUGGAACUGGGGAGCGACAACAAAGACAUUGCAAUUGAAAGAGAAACGAGUGAGCAAGGCCCUGUCACUCCUGGGCAAGGUUUGCAAACGCAUCUCCCUGAAACGAUGGCAGCAGGUGGUGCGGUUGACUCCUGAGGUCCGUGAGCAACUGGAAAUCUUCCAAGAUUUUCUUCAUGGCCAUGCAAAGCGCCCCACAACACUGGAAGAGCUGGUACCAGGCGUCAACUUACACGUUGGCGCUUGCGAUGCGGCAAAGUCGGGAAGGGGAGGAGUAUGGUUCACAGACGGUGGAGAGGCCACUGUCUGGCGCGAACCAUAUCAAGAAGCAGUGAAAAAAGAGGUCAUUUCAGAUCACAAUCUGACAGGAAAACUUACCAACUCAGACUUGGAGCUGGAAGGCACCGUCCUCCAUCAUUUUGUUCUUGGAAAGACCGCCCAGGUGGAAGGCGAAACCACUUACACUGGCUGUGACAACACACCAGCAGUGUCGUGGCGCACAAAAGGAUCUUCCACCUCUCGAAAGGCAAGAGCAAGAAUAUUACGGUUAGCGGCAGGAUUACAGCAGGAACAAAGAGCACAUCAUCGCAUUGGGCACUUAUCUGGAACAAACAAUCGAAUGGCCGACAAUGCUAGCCGUGAUGCCAAACGCAGUGAACUCCUUGAUGACAUCCGUGCUGUUGAACUCGGAAUCGAACGCGGAGUCUGUCCUUCAAGAGUUGCAAAGGCACACUCUGUCUGGACCACAUGGGUUGCCUUCUGCGACAGCCUCACCCUAGACCCAGGAUUGUCAGCGGUCGACGAUCCCUUGCUCAUCAUCCUCCUCUUUGGAACCAAAUGGCAAUGUGGAAAAAUUGCCCCCAGUAAGAGACAGGUCCGGGGUCGAACGGCUGAAGAUGCCAUGCGCCAGGUGGGCCAGGCCUUUUCCUCAUUGGGACUGCUCGAUCCGAGGAUGAACCAAUAUGCACCGGGCACAAUGGACUUUCGUUGGACACGGCUGCUGAAAAGUUGGAAGAAAGAGGAUCCAGCAGCACAACGGGUACGCCCAUUGCCAAAGUCCUUGUUAAGGCAAGCAUCAAAGCUUGCCAAAAAACCCACAAGUACGCAUGCCGCAAAGGCAAUGCAUUGA